AUGUACUGGCGCGUCAGCUCUGCAUGGACCGGGUCGUGUGUGGUUGAUCUCGGCCGGAAUCGCAGCUUCGAUGAGCAGCUCUCGUUUCACGGGUACGUCGUGGCGCAUCCUCUGCAGGAUCACUGGAUGAUGUCGACGCUGGGCUCGGAUUCGUGGUGGAGGAAGACUCUGUAUGUGACCGGAGGCGCUCUGCUGGCUGCAGCUGCUUAUCUCCUGCACGAACUGCUGACCAUCAGAAAAGAAGAGGAGCUGAGCUCUAAAGAUGCCAUUAUUCUCCAUCAGUUCUCCCGGCCAAAAUCUGGAGCCCCUUCACUGUCUCCUUUCUGCCUUAAGCUGGAGACCUACCUCCGUAUGGCUGACCUGCCUUACCAGAACUACUUUGACGGGAAGCUUUCGCCACAGGGAAAGAUGCCGUGGAUUGAGUACAAUAAUGAGCAGGUUUAUGGAACUGAAUUCAUCAUGGAGUUUCUAGAGGAGAAGCUAGGUGUGAGCUUGAACAAGAGCCUUACCUUACAGGAGAGGGCCUUGUCCCGUGCCAUCACCAAAAUGGUAGAAGAACACUUUUAUUGGACUUUGGCUUACUGUCAGUGGGUGGACAACCUGGAGGAGACUCAGAAGAUGCUGUCGGUGAGCGGACCACUGAGCGACCUGCUCAAGUGGAUUCUGAGUCACCUAACGGGUGGGAUCGUUAAGAGAGAGAUGUACGGCCACGGGAUUGGACGCUUCUCCAAGGAGGAGGUUUACGGUCUGAUGGAGAAGGACAUGCGCACCCUGGCUACCCUUCUAGGAGAUAAUAAAUACAUUAUGGGCUCCAAGCUUUCAGCAGUAGAUGCUACAGUGUUUGGUCACCUGGCUCCAGCCAUGUGGACUUUACCAGGAUCACGACCAGAACAACUUAUUAAAGGCGAGCUUAUCAACCUGGCCAUGUACUGUGACCGCAUCCGCCGGCGCUUCUGGCCCGAGUGGUUCGUGGACCUGGAGGAUUUCCGAUACGACCUCACCACAGAGAUGAGCGACACGCCUUCUAAACUCCCAGACCUGGGCCUCUACUCUCGCACAGACACUUCCCAAGAGACUAUUUACUCCCAUUCUUCGCAUCUUUCCCAUCUUUCCCACCUUUCGCACACCCCCACUCCUCAGGAGCCCCCAUCGCCUGUAAGCGACCCGACGGGCCACUCUCUUUACGACUCUGACAUGGACACCGAGUGCUCUGAAAUCGAUCAGCUCAAGUGUUGAUGAAACACAUCUGUGUGGCUCACACUCAUAAGUACGCACACCACAGGGGGGAGCUACAUCUUACCCAUGCCUCUUUAAACAGAUAAGAGAGAUGAUGGGGAUUAGUUGUGUUGGUACAGAUCUAGGGAACAGAAAGGGGCUAACCUGCAAAUUCCAGUGGAGGAAAGAUCAGUGUCCACCAUACUGGCGAUUAAAAGAAGAAAGUAGUCAAGAACCUGAAGGAAUUAUAAUUAGGAGGAGGUUGAAACUCUAAAAAGGAGUAAAUGACGCUGCUGCUGCUGAGAAACUCCUCCAUGUGCUCUACAUCAUGUGCAGUCAAAACCCUUUUCCAUGCGCUUCAUCCAUGGCAGCUACCUCUGUGCACGCCCAGUGUUUCCUUGUAGCUUCGUGCUCCACCAUUCAAGCGUGUGAGUGUUUUUUCACUGACUGAUCCUUUAACCCCUUAGGGUGAAAUUACAUCAACACCUACAGCUAGCCCAGACUGAAUCACAACUGUUCAGUGUAAAUAUUUAUAAGAAUCAGAGUAGAAUAAUUGAUAAAAUAUGGAAUUAUAUUAAGCUGAUAGAGUGUAUAGAUAAUCUAAAGAAAAUCUUACUCCCUCUGUUAUAUAAUGUAAAUACUGUAAGUGUCUUUCCUCUUCAAUCUCUGUUCAUGCUGGUUUGGAUCAGCAAAAAGAUAUGCGAGAACUUCAGUCCUGUGUUCAUCUGCUUUCACAGCAGGGAUCAGGCCAUAUGCAAGGCCUCCAGUUAAAUGAUGAAUCAUAGAAUGUUAUUGACAUUUUUCCAAAGGUUUUGAGCCACUAUAAUUUUUAUUUAUGUUUAUUCCAAGGAGUCUGAAUUUUAUGUUAUACUUCGAGGUGGUUGUGAUCAACAGAUGUCUUAAAACUCAUUUUCAGUCUGUUGAUUUUUGACCUUUUUAAGUCCUCCUUAUUUAUUCAUGCAGGCAAAUAAAACUAUUUUCAAGGAUUCCACACCUUUAAAUGAAUUAAAUUAAAAUUUCAUUUUAUUCUUUUUUAUAUCAUGAUAAGCAUGAUAAAUGGUCCACUAACUAGAGUUAUGUUUAGAAGUGUACAUAAUUUAUUCGUCGUUCGAGUAUCUAACAACAGCUUUUUGCAGUGAUUUAUCCUUAUAAGAUGAUCACAAAGAGUUAAGAUGAAAAAAGACAGCUGAUCUAAGAGUCUGUGCCAUAAAAACACUUAAAGUUAACUGUGGGAUACCCCUUAACCCCUCCACUUAAGCACUGUGGUGCACUACAAUUUGUGUAACAUUUAGAUAAUUAAAACAAACUCAAAAGUCAAUGUUCGCUCUCAGUCGGUGGCAAAUGUUGAAAUAUCAAGAUAAAAUCUAGAAUUUCCAAUGAGAUAUUUAGGAAUCCUGAGCACUGCAGAGAGGAUUUAAAUAAGUGCUUUAUUUCCAGUCUGUCAAAAAGAUAGUUCGGUGCAAUUUCCCUCUGAAUCCUUGAAAUCUAUGAAAAAUAAAAAAGGCUAAGUGAUAUCAAAAAGUAUUUCGGAACAAAGAACGUGAUUCGUGAAGAGCUUUUAGAUGAAUAUACUGUAAAAGCUUCUCAGAUAUAGGGAUGAGCUAAAAGCAGAUAUUUUAAGACUUUCAGUAAAGUCUAAACAAGCUUCUUUGAAUUUGAAAAGCUUCCUGGAUGGGAAAUGAAACGUCUUCAAACUUGGAAACAAAGUCCAGUGGGUUUUUUUUUUUACUUUUUUGGAAUGACUAUGACCUGGAUAACUGAAAAUCUUCACCAACCUAAAACAAAGUGGAUAAACACCAGGUUGAAAGAUGAUAGAUUUUCCUCUAGCAAAAUUAACAUCAGUUAGAAACUUUAGGAAAUUUGAUUAUUAAUAUUUACUUUAUCCACAAGAACUACAGCUUUGAGUCAAAGAGAAAUCUAAGACACACAUUUGUAGGAGUCAUCCAUUAGGAGCGAAUCAAACAAUCUAUAAAGAAGAGAAGAAUUCGUAGCUUUUGAAUUAAAAUCUGCAGCUUAUUCCUCCAUGUCUGAGGUUGUAGCACUUUUCUUUCUUUCUUUCUUGCUGUUAGUGCUUUUGUUUUAAAUAUGUGCUAUCAAGUGUAGAGUUCAUCUGUGCAUCAGCUGCAGCGUCUGAAAGGCUGCUUAAGAUGGAAACUAUGUACGCUUCUAUCUGAUGUUGCAGAUGGAGUCUCCUUGUUUUUGCUGCUUUGUGGGUUUGAAUGGUAACACAUAACUUCAGCUUCAGGAGAUGUGCGUUUGUAUUCACCCCCUUUGAGUAAAAAAAAAAAAAAAAAAAGUUUAACCACCUUGUGCUGCAGCCACCAGCUGUGAGUCUUUUGAAGCUGUUUCUAUGCCUUCAUCCAGAGAUUGAGAUAGUUAUUUUCACCCUUCUUUGCAAAAUAACUCCAGCUUUUAAAGCAAGGCUUAUGGGAUUUAUACUAAUGUUAUCUAACAAACCUCUGAGGUCUUCACAAAACAGCUGAUUUAAUAAUGAGAUUUAAUUACACACUGAUUAAUUAGCAGGCAUUGAAGGCAGUUAGAUGCACUGGAGUUUAUUUAUGGGUGUCCGUGUAAAGGGAUGAAUACAAAUUCACACCUUGCCGGUAUUAAUUUGUGAAACAUCAUGUCAUUUUCCUUUCAUCUGACAACUUUUUGUUGUUCCAUGACUUCAAAUCCUGAUAUGUCACUGCGGUGUGUGGAUAUAACAUGACAAAAUGUGAAAAGGUUUCUGGCAUAAUCAUAAAGGGGCAGAAAUUUUGGACUAAAAUCAAAGAAAGAGAGUAAGAGGCUCAGAGUGAUGCCUUCAAGAGUUUUUGUGUGCGUGAGAUCAUAACAGCUGAGUUUUUAGUUAUGUAAAAAAUCUGAAACUAACAAAAAAGAACUCAUGUUUUUAUGUUGUUUUGAUAUUCCUUGCCUGCAUGAUGUUGCCUUUUGUCUCUACUAAGUUCAGGUUUGUGUCAUUGUUUACAGCUGUGCCAGUGUAUGCUUUAAUUAUAUUUAUACAGUAUAUAGUUUUAUACGUUAAAUAUAUCUAUAUGAGUUUUUUAAUUUUUUACCCUUGCUGGUUUAUUCAAUUAAAUUAUUUGGUUUUGUUUAUAUGCUCAUAUUUGUUGACACAUGAACUGUUUACAUGUGACACUCAGAAUAACUGAGCUGUGUAUCGGUGCAAUAAGGUCGCUUGCUCUUAACCCCUGCACACCUAAAAAACAGACUGAGCAAUCAUUUUCAGAUUCCCCACAUUUUUCUAUGCAUGUUCAUCUCCAUUUCCAGGUAAUCGUCUGUAAAUGUUGAAAAAAACGCUCAAACUCCUCCCAGCUACUGGACCAAACUCCAGAAACACUUGCUCAACUUUGGGGUUUAAAAUCAGGUAGUUUGGUGGCUCCCCCAAACAUUUUCUGCUUGUAGACUCUAGAUGCUGCUUGACAUCGUCUCUUGUUGUUUGUGAAACAGAAUUAUGAAGUAAUCACCUGGCUGUAAAUAAGAGAGUGAUAAAGAAAUUAAAUUAAAACUGAGAAAAAAGACGCUGUGUAUGAUUUUCUGAAUGUACCACAACUAGCGAUAAACGUCUGAAUGAAAAUUGAUUCAUUUCAAGUUUUCAUUAAAUAUAGCUGUGAUAUUUCUCCCCCUGUA